AUGCAAGGUACGUUCCUGGAUUCAGCAGUUCAAUGGAAAUCAUUGCUAGCAUCUUCAAAUGGGACCUCAAACAGGGCAGUAGAGUCAUGCCUAAUUCUCUCCUUAUGUCGUGUUGGUGGUUCAGGUCAGGAGGUGGCUUCGAGGACUUUUGGGAGAGUUGUCCCUAAUCAAGGACGUAUACGCUGCGGUUUUCAUUUCUAA